AUGGCAGAUUCAAGAAAACCACUUGGAGUGAGAUUUGAGGAACAGCAAGAGAAAAAAAGUGGAACUCGUCUGUUUGGUAAGAGCCACCAAGUCCCUCCUUCAGGACCCAUCUCCAUAAAUGGCCCUCGUACAUUGGUAUCAAAUUUCAGCUAUCAUCCUCGCUUGUCAACUGGUGAUCACAUAUGCACAAGCACCGGCUGCCUCACCUGCUACUCUUCCGCUAGCACCGCCGGCUUCACAACGCUGCCACCAGCAAGUUCAGCACCAAUCAUCCCCGUGACACCAACUCCACCGACUUCCAGUCCGACGGCAUCCCCAACCCCAAAAGUUGCACCAGUGUCCAACCCACCAGUUUCAGCCCUCAGCUUCCACCACCUCAACCGCCACAGAGCCCUCCCACCUCUACUCCUGCACAACCACCAGCAUUGCCUCCACCACCUGUUGCUUUGCCACCCUGCUGCCACCGCCUGUUUCGCCACCACAAGUAUCCCCGUCACCAGCCCAAGCGCCACCUGCCCCAGCUCCUGUAAAGUGCCACCAGCACCAGCACCAGCACCCCCCUGUACCACCCCCAUCACCACCGCCACCUCCGCCAGCAGUGCCAUCUCCUGCACCAGCACCCACCAAACACAAGAGAAGGCACAAGCACAGGCACAAAAGGCAUCACGCACAUGCACCAGCACCCACUCCACCCAGCCCCCCAGCUCCACCUACGGUUUCAGACACAGAGGAUACAUCCCCAGCACCUUCACCAAACUUAGAUCUGAAUGGAGGAUUUGCCUUCCAUCGACAAGGAAAGCUGUGGAUGUGGGCAAGGAUUGGAUUUUCCAUGGCCAUUCUGCUGGCGGUCAGAGGCUGCGGCUUCUAGAGCAAUUUGCUUCCACAGGACAUGUUUACACUUGAAGAAGUUGGCCUUAUAAGAAAAAAUGAAGCCAAUAGAACAAAUAAAGAAAAUAUGACCGAGAAUUGUAAGGCAUUUUUGUAUUCUUUCUCCAUGAUGAUAUACUAUUGGACAAUUCCAAUUCUUUUUUCAUUCAAAACAAGACCUUUACAAAGUCAGUCAA